UGCUGUAACUGUUGUUGGAGUUUCGUUGACUGAAGUGUGUGGAUAUUUUUCGUGUUUUGGCGCUCAUCUGUUUGAACAACAUGGAGUAUGUGCACUUCGUUUUUGACGAUAACAGCACGGGAUCUGGUGACGGGGACAUGGAUGGACUUGAGGGACUCUGUGAUAUCGCGGAUAGCGAUGAAUUCCAGAGAAUUUUCCUCCCCAGUAUAUAUGGGAUUAUUUUUGUCCUGGGAAUCGUUGGCAAUGGACUCGUGGUGCUUGUGAUGGGCUACCAAAAGAAGUCUAAGAACAUGACUGACAAAUACAGGUUACACCUCUCCAUCGCUGAUCUUCUGUUUGUCCUGACUCUGCCCUUCUGGGCUGUUGAUGCAGCCAGUGGAUGGCAUUUUGGGGGUUUCCUCUGUGUCACAGUCAACAUGAUCUACACUCUGAAUCUGUACAGCAGUGUGCUGAUCUUGGCCUUCAUCAGCCUGGACAGGUAUCUGGCUGUGGUUCGUGCCACAAACAGCCAAGGAUUCAGGAAACUGCUGGCAGGACGGGUGAUUUACAUUGGAGUUUGGCUGCCUGCCACACUACUGACUGUGCCUGAUCUAGUGUUUGCCAAAGUACGCAAUACAGGCGAGAACACAAUCUGUGAGCUCAACUACCCACAGCAUGCCAACAUUGUGUGGAAGACUGUUUUCCGCUUCCAACACCUCAUCAUUGGCUUUUUGCUGCCCGGUCUGAUCAUCCUUACGUGUUACUGUAUUCUCAUCUCUAAACUCUCCAAAAACUCCAAGGGUCAGGUCCUAAAGAAGAAGGCACUGAAGACCACCGUCAUCCUCAUCCUCUGUUUCUAUAUUUGCUGGUUGCCCUACUGUGUUGGCAUCUUGGUGGACACACUGAUGAUGCUGAACGUUGUUUCUCACAGCUGUUUCCUGGAACAGGGUCUGCAGAAAUGGAUCUUCAUUACCGAGGCACUGGCUUACUUCCACUGCUGUCUGAACCCUAUCCUUUAUGCUUUCCUGGGAGUCAAAUUCAGAAAAUUUGCCCGUAGUUCUCUGAGCAUCAGCAGUAGACCGAGUCACAAGAUGUUGAACAUGAAAAGAGGCCCCAUAUCGUCUGUAUCUACAGAAUCAGAGUCAUCCAGUGUCCUCUCCUGUUAAUGGACACUUUGUAUAUAAAACUGUCCUACAUGGAUGACUAAGCUUUAAAAUUAAAAGGACUUUACUACACUUUGUACAUUGUGAACACAAGCGGUGUGUUCACAUGUUUGUGAUUUUUUUUAUUUUUAUUUUUUAUUCAAUUACGUAAUUUAAUCUAUUUUAAAUGUACUCUUUGUACAUUUAAAAUUUCUAUUGCAGGACCUGAAGGCAGAGCCUUGACAAAGUCUGUAUACUUGCCAUGCAAAAGUUCUCCUCGGGACAUCUUUGCAAACUGUUGCCUAGUUUUUUGUCUGAUCAAAAAUCUGUUCAAGAAUGCAUAGUGUAAAUUAUUUGUACUUGUAUCAUUGUUCACCUUUGUGUAUCAUUGUUCACCUUUGUGUAUGUGUAAUUCACUUUCAUUAUUCUCAGAGAAGCUUUCUAAUAUUUAUUAAAAUAACUCGCACUGUAUAUUGUUAUUUUGUUUUUUUAUUGUUUAAUUUAAGCGUGUCAGGAUUUUUGCAUUUUGACUUUC